GUGAAUAUGGAGCUGUUUUAGGGACGCUUUUAUUACUUAUAUGGCGUCUUUUCGCUUGCUGAUAGUCAAUGCACACUAGCUAAGCAGUAGAGUUCGCCCCACAGAAUUACUAAGCUAAAUUCCAACAUCUAGCAUGUUUUGAUCGUUGUUUCUUGAUAUUUUGAGGCAAUCCUAUGUUUACAUCAAAUAACGAGUGAUCCGUACAGGUCAAUGCAAAGAAUUGUGGGAACAUAGAAGCGGAACUACUGAAUUCACGAAUUCAACUCUUUAACUAGGAGUGUCUUUGUUACGCGUCCAGCAAGAGCAGACGAAUCCAAGGUGGCUGAUAUAAAGGGAAGCUGCAGUUAAAGUGAAUGUUCUCUGACUUGGCUUUGAAUUAUCGGCCUUUAACAUCGAAGUAUAUCUUUAUUGAUAAGCUUCAAAAACAGAAAAUACGACACCAAGAGUAAACACUUUUGAAUCAUAUAGUUAAGGGCAACGCUCAAGUUCACUGUCUACUCAGCCAACGACAUGAACUAAAAACACUCUCGCAGGGCAAAUCGACUACCGAUCGAGUGUAAGUAAGCAAAGCAUUGCCCAGUCAUUCUGUCAUCUCGUAUCGGGGAACACAAAUCAGUUCUUCAUGUGUUGGAAUAAGUAUGGUGACUGUAAUUACGAACAAACUGAAGAAACAGUCAUUGGAAGAUCUCCCCAACGAACCUUUGAGGGUCACUACCAAUACAGAAAAAAAGAAAGAAUUGAUGCUGCAAACAGAUAGCCAAGACCGAGGAUUUAUUUUUCGAGUAGGCAACGAACGUAGAUCAGGAUUAGGGCACCUAAGGACUAGAAGUUACCCUACACACGAUUUUAGAGGAUCUGAUGGUCGAGGAGGAAUUAUUUUCGACUCGUGUAUAAGUAGUACUUCUUCGACGGCUAUGCCACCCGCAAGCAAGAGACUAUGUCGAUCCAUUUCGGUUCCUCUAGAGGAAUCGUCUGAAGAGACAGGCUUGAGAUCUUGGGCUCCAAAGGCCUCGAAAGUAUGGCAACCUGUGAAGGGUUUCCCAAGAAUAGCAACUAGGUCUCGAUCUGUGUCCUCUCCACCUGAAAAACUUUAUAAUACAAAUACAACUACCCGAAGCGCAAGAGCGGAGACGGAGCUGUUAACCAGCCCUGCUGUAAAUUUCAUUUCUACCCCACCGGCUUCUCCCACUCCAAGACCAGCAUCAGCUUUUGCUGCCCUUAGUGACAAUCAAAUCUGUAUGAAAGAAAAUAUUAAGGAAGAGAGUAUUACUCCUCACAAAAACGCCACAGAUACCUCAGAUGCCUGCCCACGAUUGCACAGAAGUCGUUCACAACCCUGUUUCGAGCGGGCUCGAACUUGCGGGAUUAAGCGAAGGAUUGAAGACGACUUUGAUGUUGGUAAUAAACUCAGACCGGCUUUGGAUCUAGCAAAAAUGGAAGAGUCCUCCUACUUUCGGUUUAGAGAUAAGAAAAGAGGUUUACGGAUACCAAGAUGUUCGAACAAGAGAGAAGCAAAAGAGUCACCAGCUCCAUACUUCACAGAACACGAAAAUUUUAUUCUGAAACCAAUUAUUUCAUCACCACUUGAUGCCAAGGUCUCCAGCAUAAUGAUAACUCCUACUUCUUCACCCACAAAACAGCUCGAAUUAGGCGAAAAACUUACCUUAGGAAAAGUCAAGGACUUCACGAAUAAAAAGGAAAAAGCGCUUGAACGUAAAAUUGCCGAUGAAGGGGUCUACCACUUAGAUUAUGAUUCGGAAUUGGACAUUGCCUCGAUCGAGGGAGACAAUUUUUAGUGAACUACGAUACGUCGUUCGUAAAGAACAAGACAUUUGUAUUCUCAUAUCUCCACGCACAACGCGUAUAUGAUUGUCAUAUAAUCACUUCACUCAAAUGCAGUCGGUUAUUUAUUAUAUUCUAUUUAGAAUUCAAACAUUUUGUGCAAGUUAGUAGCGUGUAACCCCAAUCUUCUGGCUCUUGUAUAUUUUUACAUAUAUUAUCUUUUGCAGAACAGUGCGUCAGCUCCAAAUAUUCGAAAGCAGUCGCGAAUACUAAAACUAAAGAAAAGAAAACGAAAGAGUGAUUGUAGCUAAACAACGAGUACGAAGGUUGUAAAGUAUUAAAUGAAGGAGAGUGUUAA